AUGGCGGCAGCACUCAGAUUGAAGCCCUAUGGGCUGAACCGGUGGAUUUUCUCGACGUCUACGACAUCUACAAUCUCCGGCCGGUGUCGUGUGGCUGCUGUGCGCACUUACUCUACCUCCGACCGUCUCCCGAAGAUCGCAGACACCUCAGUAUGGACGGCUAUGAUCCCCACGUUUAUGCGACGAAAGCGAUCGCGCACAGCAGGCGAAAAGAAGAAGUGGAACCCGGCCACUUUCUACAUCGUCAUGUUCACACUCAUCGGGUCACAAGCUAUCCGUAUGCUCACCUUGAAGAACAACUAUACCGCAUACCGCCGGACUGUGGACGCAAAGAUUGAGCUCCUUAAGGAGGUUAUCAAGCGUGUCCAGAAUGGAGAGGAUGUGGACGUGGAGAAGUUACUGGGUACUGGAGAUGAGGCGAAGGAAAGAGAAUGGGAAGAAGUCUUGCAGGAGAUCCAACGAGAAGACAAUCUUUGGCAUGAGAAGCACAAGUCUACCCAACAACCGGAAAAUAACACACCGAAGAUCGAGGACAAGGCAGCUCCAAAGUGGAAAGAAAAGGAAACGGUGCCCGCAACGAAUGAGGGUGAAGAGACCACGCAGACCAAGCCGACAAGGAAGCCCACCUUCUUCUAA